GUAAAUUUUGCGUACAGAUGUUUGUGCUCAGCAUACGAAUAACCAGAAGCGAGCGACGUGACUCGCUUCCUAGGUCGACGGCGUUGGCGGCAUGAUACGAAUGCCGGGCUCGUCUCCGUGCGGUGGUGAUGAGACGCACAUUGCAAGCUGCUACUCCGGACCGGAGUGGCGGAUGCGGAUAGAACCCGAAUAACGAACCACGACAGCGUCUGCACACACGAGGACGAUGUGCGCGAGUAGCCGAGUAGUUUGUCGUCCUUCCCGCAACACGCGGCUACCCCAUUAAGUUUAAUUACGGUGGCAACGUCAACAUGGACGCCAACAACAUGGGAUGCACCUCGGAAACAAACUGGAAGUGCAGCAUGUGCUGGGACUACUGCGAGAGCCUCGCCGUCUUCGAGCUGACGCGCAGCCAAAUGUGCGCCGACGAUAUUUGCCUGGAAGGAUGUCAGCACGCUUGCAAAUUCAUGCAGGAAACAUCAACAUCAAGUUCGACAACAGCCACCGAGGCCAAAAUUGUUUCCUCGUCAGUGUUGCCGCAAAAAGGCGGUGAACUCAAGCUGGCUGAACCUAAAGUGACAAAAAAGGGCGUCGUUAUUUCCUGGACAAUGUCGCAGGCGAAACUUACAUAUGCCGUGCUGGGUCUGACGAGAUUUCACGACACUUCGGUCGCAGCGUGGGAGGAGAUACAACAAACCACUGAACAUCGACUCAUUUUACAUUUGGGCGCAAAGUACGAUGAGAUUCUAGUUGCCGCAUAUGAUAGCAACGGAUUGGUGCAGAAAGAUAGCAAAAAGCUUGUAUUUCAAUUGAGGGUGAAACGAUCUGUUGAGAAAUCUACUUCUUUAGAUGAUAAUGUCAAUGAAUAUCCACUUACAAGUCCAUCAAUGUUCACUUUAUUUCUUGUGACUUGCAUUGUGACCAGCUGCAUUGCAUCUGCGGUCCUCAUCGUUAAAUAUUUAAGAAAUACUUCCAAAAAUUCAAUUGAUCCCGUAGUAUGGGUGUAAAUACUAGAUACGCGAUGAUCACACAUCGAUACUUGUUAAUUUAUUGUGUAAAUAUUAGUUUGUAUAUAUAGGAAACUUGUUCAAUGUUUGAAUAUAAAAUAUUUAUGUACUUUGUGUCAACAAUGAUCAUGCAUUAAGUUAUUAAGUGUAACAACCGAUAAAACCGAUUUUUUAUGUAAUAAAAUCAAAAU